AUGGCGGGGCGGGAACCAAUAAAUUACCAAGAGGGUUUUACUGCUGCGUAUCCAACACAAUCCUCCAUUCCUUUUAAAUAUCAGCCUUCCAGAAUUCCAGAAUCAGAAAAAAAAGGAUUUAAUAGUCAAGCCAAGAGGUUUUACCAUAAAAAGGAUGAUAUCCCAGGUCCUGGGUUCUACAACGUCAUUCACCAGUCGCCUGUGUUUGACAGUGUGUCGUUGUCUAAGAAAGGGACGUGUACUUUUCCCUCUGUGUGUGCCCGAUUGGACACCGUCGUCUCUAAAUACCCCGCAGCUAACGCGUACACUAUACCAUCACGUUUUGUUUCGAAGAAAGACUUCAGUAAUUCGUGUUCCAGCAUGUUCCAGUUGCCAAGCUUCGCGAAAGUUCUCAAAUUUGAAACUCCCGCACCAAACCAUUACAAUGCCUCUGUCUCUUGCUGCAAACAGACAAACAACGUUUGUGCCCGAGCCGGGUUCAUGUCCAAAACCCAGAGAGGACUUUUCACUAUUACUAAAACAGGACCUGCCCCAGGGCACUAUAAUGUCAACGAAUCCCUUGUGAAGCAGUCGCCGAAGAUAUUAAUGUCUUGUUUUAAAUCAAAAACUGGCCGUGGAUUAACACUGACGUCGACAGGCCCAGGACCUGGUUAUUACAACCCGAAAGGUCACACCGAAGCUCAGAAAAAGCCUCUUAUCCGGAGAAACCCCAUCCUAAAUUUCUCUGCCCAGCCUUUGCCUCUGCCCCCGAAGCCGCCUCUUCCAGGCCCUGGGCAGUAUGAGAUCGUGGACUACACGGGGCCCCCCAAGCACUUCAUCUCCAGUGCAUCCUUCGUGUCCAACACCAGCCGGUGGACAGUGGCGCCGUCCCAGCCAGGCCUGCCCGGCCCAGCCACAUACAAGCCGGAAUUCCCUGGAAAGCAGUCCUUUCUCUACAAUGAGGACAAGAAAUGGAUCCCAGUGUUGUAGUCACCUCAUCCGAGCUCAAGGAGACCCCCCCGGCCACCAGCUCUACCCCCAGGCACCCUGGAUGGUCAUUCAGAGAGCGCCCAUCUCGUGUGUGACGGCUGAUGACUUGGGACGGCCUUGCCCCCAGCCUGGUGUUACAGCUGGCCUGCCGUGCUUGUCCUUGUCCUGAGCUGCCCCCUGGAGCGUGGACCCCCACCCCCACGGACCCCAGUGGAUUCCUGAGCAGAAGUGAGGACCUGACAGAGCCCCCUUGGUUACUUGGCCACGUGCCCUCCGGCCUGGCUUGGCCCGCCUCCCCUCAGCCUUCAGAGCUCAUGCAGCUCGGGAUCCAGGAGGAGGUGGCCGAUGGCAGAUGCCCCGUCUGGAAGCCUGAUGCUGAGCCAGGGCUCCGGGGCCACAGGGUGGGCGGCGCAAGGCCGCGGCCCCGGCACACUCCCACGCUCUGGCCUUGACCUCCAGACUCCUCCCGGAGUUCCAGGAGCCGGGAAUGCCCACAGGCGCUGUGACAGGGACCUGAAGGGGUUGCCUGGCCCUCGCCCCCAGCUCAGCCCUCGUGUCUCGCCCUAGGAAGAGCAUGGCAGCUUCACCGUGGUCACGUGAGCUCAUCACCCACUUUCAGGAGAGGCCUCCACAUCCAUUUGUUGGCUCCGUGCACAAGGGGCAGAUGUGGGCAGGACCCUCUGGGGCCAGAGCCCUGGGCACAGCGGUUCUGAGGGGCGCCUGCAGGUUCUUACUUUUGCCCGGCCUUUCCCCUUCCCUAGCCUGGUCUCCGUCCCUCCCACCUCGUGCUCAAGUUCAAUAUGAUCUUUAAUGGAUCCUUUCUGGCCUGCCAAGUCGGUCCCCCUCAGCAAGAGGAUGAGAUUCUCAAAGAACCAAGAGGAACUGGAGUUAACCACACAUCCCCUCCUUCCCCAACUAUCCACGUGUCUUGGGCUUUUGUAAGUGGAAGCCUCUUGUGCCGCCUCCCUCCCCUCCGCGUGUCCCUCCCUUGCCCUUGGCUUUCUCCUUUGACUUUCCUCCAUGACUGUUAGUCCAGAACUGGCCGUUGACUGCCUCUCCCUUCAGGGAGGGGCGGGUGAGGAAGAGGGAGGGAGAAGGAUGGAACAACGGGUCCAGUUAAAGAGUUCUCAUUUCUCACCAAAGCUGGCCUUGUUGUGAACCAGAUUCCUGCAAGUGCCCCACUGCUUUGGGAUGACCGGGAGGCAGCCUGGAGCACGGCGCCAAGAGCAUCCAAGGUCUGGACCUACAGGUGGACACCUUGUGCUGCGUCUGCUCAGGUCCUUAGCUUCUCCUAGAGGUCAAGAGUUGGGUCCGAAUUUGGAGGUUCAAGGUCAAGCACUUGCAGGGUUGGGUGGGCAAGGCAAGGGAGCAAGACAGGUGAGGCGAGAGGAGGUCCAGGAGCUGAGAAUGCUGCCCAUCUAAAGGCCAGCUACCUAUUGCCACAUCUGCAGACUUUUCAAAA